GGAUCAGAGGCGCGGGAACUUUUGCACUGUACUAACUUUGUGACCUACGUAAGCCUGCCGCGUAUUACGUUUCACGCCCGAUUUCGCACAUUACACCGGUGUUGGCAACAAUUCUGCUUCAGCCGUCACGAUUCUGUUUUCAGUCGCAAUGGAUAUCGAGAAAGUGGGCGAGAAACUUGGCACUAAAAGACGAUGGUUAAAGGAGUUCCUGUCAGAAUUGGCGGGAUCAUUUCUACUAGUGUUCGUCGGCAGUUGCUGUGUAGCACAGAAGGUCCUGCGCUGGGAUGUGGGCAAUUUCAUAACUGCCAACAUGGGCUACGGCUUUGGCCUCAUGCUGGCUGUGCUCAUCUCAGGACCAUCUGGUUCACAUCUGAAUCCAGCAGUGACACUAGCAUUUUGUGUCAUUGGUAAAAAGCCAUGGAAGGAUUGUCUACAUUAUUUUCCAGCACAGUACCUUGGUUGCUUUUUAGGUGCAGCAUUUGCAUAUAUUGUGUACCUGGGAAUUCUCAUGCUCUUGCUUUGUCAUAUGAGAGCUUAUUGAUGACCUUUGCCCAAGAAUAUAGAACCCAAGUCAGAACAUG